GUUUAUGAACGUUGUCAACCAGGAAGGCGAUACAUUUCCUUCGCUGGAAAACAUUGAUCUCACACAGCCUACACCAGAAAAUAACACCCCGGAGUACCAGCAUGACUCUGUUUCAGAACUGGUCAGUUCUGCUUGACCUGAAAAGUCUGCCUUUUAAAGAGAGGAAGAAACUCCAAUCUGCAAUCAAAGAGAAUGGCGGCUGCAUGUCCUAUGUGGUUAAUAAACAGUGCUCUCUGGUUGUCAGUAGCGACGUUGCGUCCCUGAGCUCCAGCCGGUUCCGCAGUGUGCAGAAGCUUGGCACGCCCGUUGUCGGGCCGGACUAUGUCUCCCAGUGCCUGGAACAGGGAGUCCUCCUGCCCCUUGAUAUGUACAGGCUGGAGGUACCCUCUCCCGGACCGUCCUACCCCCCUCCUCAUCGUAUUUCUCCUCCACCCUCUCCUCCUCAUUGCACUGAGAAAGAAGCCAGACCAUUGGCCGUGCAGUGUGUAGACCCGCCCCCAGUUCUCAAAGCUGUCCAUCAGGCAGAGGAGACAGGGCAGCCUGAACGAGAUGGAAGAUUUUACACGGAGAAGGAUAGUGACCUUCCGACAUAUCCAGAAGACUUUCAAGUGGCCAAGUAUUCAAUCUUUAAAAAGGUGACGGGUGACGCCUGGUGUGUGGUGGAGCUGCAGAGCGUCAGAGUGGAGGGGGUGCAACGGUACCGGGUGGUCCGCUCCAGGAUGGAGAGCCAGGCGACUGGCCGGGUGAUCCAGUGGCUGGCCUUCCCCAGGAUCUCCACGGAGGCUGUGUACACGUACCUGUCCCUGAGGGAGGAACUGCAGGCCGAGGGGCUCCAGCCCCAGCUCCUCCUCCCUGUGGACGCCCCGGAGGAGCUGGGCUCCGCAGCCCUGAGGCUGCUGUUGCUGGAGGAGAGACUGAACACAGGAAGUCUGCCACAGGAAGUGGGGGUGUUUGUGGAGCUGCUCUGGGCCGAAGCCCUUGGUUGCCUCGACAACAUCCUCAGUGUCCCGGUCACCGACCUCAGCCUCAACGACGUGAGCAGGGCGGAGGGCCACCUGCUGCAGGCCCAGAGGCUGCUGAAGGAGGGCCGCCAGGCGGACGCUUCCACUGCUCUCAUGGAGCUCUACGCCCUGCUGCCCCACCGGGAGACUGCCCCCCCUGUCCCCACCGCCCGCCACCUCUCCCUGAAACUGGACCUAUGCCAGCUGAUCCGAGACAUGCUCAACGUCAGCGAGAUGAACCUGAGGUCGCCCGUGUCCCUCAGUGUGGGGAAGUACCGCUCCCUGAGGUGUGGCAUCGAAGUGGUUCCCCCGGAAACACCAGAGUUCCGGAGGGUUGUGGCCCGGCUGUCAGACAAGAAGGUGAAAGUACUGCAGGUUCUGCGUGUCAGUCGGUGGGAGGACCAACAGAUGUUCAAGAAAGAGGUUGGCAAUAUUAAGCCCCUCCUUCAUUCCUCGGCACCAAGCAACUUUAUGGGAAUACUGUCUCGUGGUCUGCUUCUUCCAUGUGUUGGAUCAGAGGAUCAUGGAAUAGAGCGGACGGACAUCGGGAACCUCGGCAGUGGAAUCUACUUCACCGACUCCAUGCGCACCAGUCUGAAGUACUCCAAGCCCAGCGAGGCCAGCGGCUCCAGGCUGGUCCUGGUGUGUGACGUGGCUCUGGGGCGCUGCCUGGAGGUCAGGAAGAAGCACACCCGUCUGACCCAGCCCCCCGACACCUACCACAGUCUCCAUGGGCUCCGACACACCCCCGCCAACCACUCCCAGUUUGUGGAUGACGAGUACGUGGUGUACAGCACUGGGCAGGUGAUGCUCAGGUACGUGGUCCAGUUCACUGUAGAGGAGGACCGGCUCCGAGAGUUCACCCCUUCCAUUGAGACCUCCUUAUCACCGGCUCUAUACGACACCUGCCAAGAGUUUCACCUAGAGGUGAUGGAGUUGGAGAGUAAGAAGAACCCACUGGAUGAUGUCAGGGCUGGGCUGCAGGACGCCUCGGGCCAACAGCUCCCCCUGCAGGCAGUCCAUGUGAAGUGCAAGCUGAUGGACCUGCUCGCUCGGGUGAUCAUCUUCCAGAAAUACACCAAUCAGAGCAGUGUUCCCAUCGAGGCCAAGUACGUGUUCCCAUUGGAGGAGCGCGCGGCGGUGUGUGGCUUCGAGGCCUUCAUCAACGGGAAGCACGUGGUGGGACAGGUGAAGGAGAAAGAGCAGGCCCGGAAGGAGUACAAGCAAGCCAUACAGCAAGGAGACGGAGCCUACCUCAUGGACCAGGACGCCCCGGAUGUGUUCACCAUCAGCGUGGGGAACCUGCCCCCUGGGGCCACCGUCCUCAUCAAGGUCACCUUCGUCUCCGAGCUCAUCGUCAGGGACGGCUGUGUCCUCUUCUCGCUUCCUGGUAGCGUGGCGCCAUGGCAACAGAGUGCGGCACUCAACCAGACCACGCAGGCCAGUGUGGAAAAGACAUGUGUGACUAAUGAUGCCGCCAGUUCCCGUGAGUUUAGCCUGCAGAUGUCCGUAGAGAUGCCCUAUGAGAUCCUGAGGUUGCAGUGCAGCACUCACAGAGUUCAGAUCAAGACAACAGCCUGUAAGGCGGUAGUUAACGUGCUCCCAGGUGAGGUGGUGGGGGCUGACGGCUUCCAGCUGUCAAUCACUCUUUCUAAGCUCCACCUCCCCAGGAUGUGGGUGGAGAAUCAUCCCGACAAGGACAGUCAGGCCUGCAUGCUGGUGUUCUACCCAGACUUCCCGGUGGGGGUUGGGGGUGUGGACGAGGUGGUGCUCCUGCUGGAUGCCUCUGAGUCCAUGGUGGAGGACGGGGCGGUGAACGCCAGAAGGAUCGCCCUGGAGGUUCUGAAGGCUCUGCCGCCCAGCACCAGGGUCAACGUGGUGUUCUUCGGGACAGAGCAAACUGAGCUCUUCAUCUCUGCCAAGCCGCUCAGCCACGUCCUCCAACCCGCCAGGAAGUUUAUCCUGGCUACACCACCAACAGGGGGCAGCACUGAGCUGUGGCGGCCCCUUAGGGCUCUCAGCCUGCUGCCUCCCUCACCUGGGCCCAGGAACCUGCUGCUGCUGUCAGACGGCCACAUCCAGAACCCCGGCCUCUGCCUCCAGCUGCUCCGGGACAACAACCAACACACCCGCCUCUUCACCUGUGGCCUCAGCUCAACAGCCAAUCAGCACAUGUUGAGAACCCUUGCACAAGCAGGGGGCGGAGCCUAUGAAAUGUUUGACACGAAAACCGAACACAACUGGAAAGAAAAGGUGGUGUCUCAGGUGAAGCGCAUGGGCUCCCCGGGCUGCAGCUCGGUGUCUGUAAAGUGGCAGCAGUUCAACCCCACAGCGCCCCCCCCUGUCCAGGCCCCCCAGCAGAUCCACUCCCUCUUCAAUGACCACCACACGCUGGUGUAUGGCUUUGUCCCGCACUGCACACAGGCCCUUCUCCAUGGGAACCUGAGUGGGAUGGAGGUGGUCACCAUGGUUUCCACCAGCGAGCUGCAGAAGACCAGGGGCACGUUCCUCCACCAACUGACGGCGAGAGCGGUCAUCAGAGACUAUGAGAACGGAACGCUGUCCAUCGGUCAAGCUGAGCACGAGGGCAAGAAGGCGGAGCUUAAGUCGUUCAUCGUUGAGCUGAGCAAAGAGUUCUCCAUCCUGUCCCAGUUCACCAGCUUUGUGGCCAUCGAAAAGAGGGAUCCACAACGUCCAGAGGAGCCAGAGCUCACAGACAUCUCUAAAAUAAUUGCAGAAGAAGAUGUGGACUACCUGUCGUACAUGGGUUGGAACGAGGCAGAGGAGGCGGAGGAGGAGGGGGGAGAAGAGGAGGACAAGGGUUGGAUCAUGGAGGAGGAGAGCGGGGAAGAAAAGGGGGCCGAGGGGAGGAAGAAGAACGAGGUGGAAAAUGAAGGGGAGGACUAUGAGGAGGCUGACGAAGAGGAUGAUGAAGAGGACGAAGAGGGGUACGGAUUGUAUGUGGGUUGUUGCGCUACAGAAUAUAUUGACGAUUCCUUCGAUUCUCCUCCAUCUCCCUCUGACUUAAAAGUUUGCAUUCAAAGUGCUGCCCAACUUUCAGCACUGGAUGACGGAGAGGAUUAUGAAGAGGAGGAAGAGGGGAACGGAUUGCUUGAGUGUUGUAGCGCUGCAGAAUAUAUUGACGAUUCCUUCUAUUCUGCUCAAUCGUCUCAUGCACUCCUCCAGCAGAGUGCUGCCCCUCGUCCUCGCCCCCCACCAGCUCCCUCUGACUUAACAGAUUGCAUGCGAAGUGAUGCCCCUCCUCCCCCAACCUUUUCCAGGGCCCAGGCCAUUGUUGCACCUACUACUAAAAGAUUUGAACUUCGCUCUUACGUCAAAUGCAGUAAGCGUGCUGCCCCAUCUCCUCCCCCCGUCUUACGCAGGGGGAGGAGAUGGGGCAGCACUGUCCCCAACUUAUGGGGGCAGAGUGGUGCACCUCCUCCUACCCAAUCACAACCUUUCACUGAAACCCUCUUAUGCAGGAUGAGUGGUGCACCUCCUCCUACCCAAUCACAACUUUUCUCUAGAACCCCCUUUGGCAGGCAGAGUGCUCCACCUCCUCCUAUCCCAUCACAACCUUUCUCUGGAACCGACUAUGGCAGGCAGAGUGCUCCACCUCCUCCUACCCAAUCACAACCUUUGACUGAAACCCUCUUAUGCAGGGAGAGAGGUGCACCUCCUCCUACCCAAUCACAACCUUUGACUGAAACCCUCUUGUGCAGGGAGAGAGGUGCACCUCCUCCUACCCAAUCACAACCCUUCUCUGAAAUCCCCUUUGGCAGGCAGAGUGGUGCACCUCCUCCUACCCAAUCACAACCUUUCUCUGAAACCCCCGUUGGCUGGCAGAUUGCUACUCCUCUUAUCCCAUCACAAACUUUAUCUGGAUUCGCCUAUGGCAGGCAGAGUGCUCCACCUGCUCCUAUCCCAUCACAACCUUUCUCUGGAACCCCCUUUGGCAAGCAGAGUGGUGCACCUCCUCCUACCCAAUCACAACCUUUGACUGAAACCCUCUUAUGCAGGGAGAGAGGUGCACCUCCUCCUACCCAAUCACAACCCUUCUCUGAAAUCCCCUUUGGCAGGCAGAGUGGUGCACCUCCUCCUACCCAAUCACAACCUUUCUCUGAAACCCCCGUUGGCUGGCAGAGUGCUCCACCUCCUCCUGACCAAUACCAACCUUUCUCUGGAACCCUCUUUGGCUGGCAGAGUGGUGCUACUCCUCCUAUCCCAUCACAACCUUUAUCUGGAACCCCCUUUGGCAGGCAGAGUGGUGCUACUCCUCCUAUCCCAUCACAACCUUUCUCUGGAACCCCCUUUGGCUGGCAGAGUGCUACUCCUCUUAUCCCAUCACAACCUUUAUCUGGAUUCGCCUAUGGCAGGCAGAGUGCUCCACCUCCUCCUAUCCCAUCACAACCUUUCUCUAGCUCCUCAUUAGACCAUGGUCAGACCAUGAUGUAUGAUCUCCCACCAGGUGUUCCCUUCAGCAGCCCCUUUAGCCUGCAGCGUGACGCACCUCCUGGACUACAACCCCAGUAUUUGUCUGCCCCUCCCUCAAAAAAACUUAGAGCAAAGGCCGCAAUGAAAGUAGGCGCUUCACCUAGGGAGGGGGGGUCUUCUGAGGGUUGCAGGAGUCUACUGCGGAGGACAAUUGAAGAUCUUGAAACCGUCGUUCCGAGAGGUGUUGAGAAUGAUGUGAAUGAUGAGAUAAUCAGAAUGGAGCCUGAAAAAUCAACCACCAAGUGGACCAACAUCUUUCAAAUGCAAUGUUCAGAGGGCUACUGGGAGUGUUCUGUUGCACUGGGAGUGCUCCUGAAGAUGGAAAUCAAAUCAUUUGCCAACGUAUUCCUGAAGAGCAAGGGCAUCUGCUCACUAGGCGUGCGGGCGCGUGCGGACAUCCUGAGGCUGCUGGCGUCCCUGCUCGUGCUGCAGUUGAUGCGGCUGGAGGGUGUGGCUGAGGGGCGGCUGCUGAGGAACCUGUUCAGCCUGGACACGCCCCCGGAGGCCAGAUGUGGCGAGCGCUGGCGUGCGGUGAAGCGGGCAGUGGACUGGGUGCGCUGGGCCGACCACCAGUACCCAUGCAUCUACAGCCGGCUGGAGUUUGGGCGGAGCUGGGAGUCAUCCACGCGCCAGCUCCUCGGCUAUGAGCAGCCCCCGGCCGCCUCACCCCUCAGCGGGGUCAUUCCCUGGAGGGCCUCGCCCCUCCUGGAGGUCCAGUGAAGACAAGAUGCUGAAGGAUUUCUUUCUGUUUCACAGGUUCACUGCAAACUCACAUGGAAUAUGCCCAUCUCACCCUUUUUGAACACGACUUCACACAUACUAACAAUUCCAGUAUACCACAUCCAUCGUAAAAACAAAUGGUUUGCAGAUUAAUUAUGCAUGUCAUCAGGCUUUGUGAACCGAUUUUUAAUUUUUCUCAGUCUUGGGAUGGGAAUAGUUGCAUAUGUGAUGUAGACAUUCAUUUUAAACACCACUAGAAGGUUAAUAUGCAAAUUAAUCUAAAAUAUCUAUAACUGCCAUGUUUACCUACUUUCUUUACAAUUACUAGCCUGUGUAAUUAUAUCAAACAUGAUUCACAACAUUAUCCAUAGUAAUGUAAACUAAGACACCAAUUCUCUGAGAUGAUUGUUGAAAACACAUAUGUCAAAUCUGGUGAAGAUCUCUUGCAAACAACCCCUUCGUCUCUACAGGCUCAAACUGUGCGUUGUGCCCUUGUAGUAAAUAUAUGAAGUUUAAACCUAGAUUCAAUAACUGUUGUAUUCCUCUUGUUUAAACAGGGCCACAGAGCGCUAUGCUGUAUUUCUUAUCGUUGUGUGAAGGGGUUAUUUUUUAACGGCCUCAUUCACAUAGAAUUGGUGUUGUUCUGGUAGUGGUUAAUUGACUUGAGUUGGUUAUGUAUCAGACAGUCGAUAAUUAUGUUUCUUGAAUAUGCUUAAUCAUGGUUAGAUUCUUGUUUAAUAACCCUUGUAUGUGGAGUCUUCUUCAAACUCUAGUAGGCUCCACCUCAGAGGGACGUCAAGAUCCCCUCUGGAUAUCCUUUAUAUCCCACAUUAUACUCAGGAAUAGAAUUAAAUGAAAUAAUGGAAAUCAUUAAAACACGAGUCCAAAAUGA